AGUCGAACACAAUGUCACUUUCAAAAUAAAAAAUCCCUAUAAAUAUUUGAAUUAUCAUGUCAUGUACAGAUGCUUCGUAAUAUUUUUAUUAUUAUCCAAGAUUAACACCAUUAUUAGUGUUACAAAUAAUGGGAUUGAAAUGAACAUGAACGGUUAAUUGUAAAGAAUACAAGGAUUAAUUUAUUGAAAAGAAGCAGAGUACCUAAAAACUGUUUUAUACUUAUGUAAGCAUUUCAAAUUCCAAAGCAAUGGAUUCAAUAGAUGAUCAGAUAAGUGACACAAAUACUUCUUUUGAGAAUCUAUAUCCAGCACUAACACAAUGCUUUGUUAUUAUAAUUUGUGGAUAUUUUGCUGGACGUAUGAAUUGGAUAUCAGAAACAGAAGCGAAAGGAUUAAACACUUUUAUAGCAACUUUUUCUCUUCCCUCUUUAAUAUUCAUGUCUCUAGCCGAGAUACAACUUGGCCAAGUGAACUGGAUCUUUUUGUUAUCCAUAUUAUUAGCAAAAAGUAUCGUAUUUUUUUCUGUGAUAAUAGUAACGCUUUUGGUUGGAAGACCCUUGAAUUUAGGAAGGGCUGGCAUUUUUGCCAUUUUUUGUACACAAAGCAAUGAUUUUGCUAUUGGAUAUCCCAUAGUUGCUGCAUUGUACACGAACACCCAUCCAGAGUAUGCAACAUAUCUUUAUUUAAUGGCUCCAAUAAGUUUAGCCAUUUUGAAUCCAAUAUCAUUCAUACUAAUGGAAAUUGGUAAAAGGAGAAAUAGUGAAAGUAGAGAACAACUUAUAAUGGAUGGGGAACUAACAAAUGGCUCAAAUAUGCACAAAGAGAGGUUGAGGAUGGCAAUUUCUGUGAUGAAAAGUAUUUUUUUGAACCCUAUUAUACUCAUGACCAUUUUGGGAAUUAUAGGAAAUUUAAUUUUCAAACACAAUAUUCCAGUGUUUCUCAGUGGAACACUUCAAGUCUUAGGCUCAGCUUUUUCAGCAAGCGCCUUAUUUUUACUAGGUUUGAGAAUGGUUGGAAAGGUGCACAAAUUAAAAGGAGCUACUUUGGUAGUACCUGGUAUUUUGAUUAUGGUGAAAUUAUUAGUUUUGCCACUCGUUACCAGAGAAGCUAUAAGCAUUUUACAUCCCGGAUAUAAUGAAACAGAAACUGUAGAUUUGAGUACUUAUGGAUUUUUGUAUGGUACUUUUCCAUCUGCCCCAACAGUUUUCGUUUUUUCAACGCAGUAUUCUAUAGAUAUAGAUCUGAUAGCAAGUGCAAUGGUGGUUUGUACCUUUGUCAGCGUACCACUGAUGUUUAUAUCUGCAAAAAUGAUCACCAUUACAAAUUGUGAUCCUUCCGAAUAUAUAAAAGAGCUUGAUUCAUUUACCUUAGACAUAAGUAUCAUUAGUCUCGUUGCUUCCUUGUGGGUACUGAUAGUUCUGAUAGUUACCAAAAAAAUUAUAAGAAUACCCCAUAAAAUUACAGCAGCUUUAGUUAUAUCACAGCUUAUAGGCUGUUUGGGAGCUAUUUUAUGGAAUACUUUACAACAAAAAGAAGGUUGGGCAGGCUAUUUACAGUUCACACUUUUUUGCACUGGAGUUUACAGUACUAGAUUGUGGACUAUGAUUUUAGCUAUCACAUUAUUAUUUUUACAAUGCAGAAGUUUGUGUUACGUAAUAAAAUUGCAACCAGCAUUUCUUCUUUUAGGUUGGGGAUUACCCAUUAUACUUGCUGCUUUACUGUUAGCAUUUGAUAAAUCUAGUACCACGCCAUUUGACAAGAGAAAUCCGAAUUUUGUGUACGGCGCUUCACAAGCCAUUUUAGCAGUCUCCUUACUGGUGCUUUGUUUCAUAGUGACUGUAGGCUGUUUGAUACUUCACCAAAGAUAUCGUAGACGUUUAACCCGAUAUAUGGAUCUUUCUCAUGAGAUAGCCUCAGAUCAAGAUCAGUGUCAAUCUACCCCUGAAGCUGAAACUGCUACAGAUACUGCUGCUUUAAGUCCCAAUCCCAGUACCAGUUCAGACUUUUUAGCCAUUGGUGUUUUAGAUAGUGUCCAGACACAACAAUGUUGCAGUUUACCUACAAUUGUUGAAGGCCGUAAUGAAGAAAAAGACAGUCCAGUGACUGACAUUGAAGAUCUUUUAGAUGAUUUUAAAAAGAAAAAUGGUAGUCCUGAUAUUAAAGGAUAUUUGACAGUUUUAAGUGACGAAGGAACCAGUCCAAAUGGUGAAGGCAUUUGUCCUGUAAGAUACGGUUGCUCUGGACGAGAAAUCUGCCAUGGUAUUAUAAAUCAAUACCAAGAACAAAUAGAUGAUGAUUUGGAACUUAUCGAAGAGGAAUCUGAAUCACACGAACCACAAAUUUUAAGACAUACAGUUUUGUUGAUUUUACUACUUUGUUCAAUGUUUGUGGGACUUGCAUUAUCUAUUUGGACUUUGGUUAUGGAACAUAUGUCAGGUAUCUACAUCGAAUUAUCAUUCUUAGAUGCCACACUUAAUUUCGGACAAAGUAUUAUAGUUUUCGCUAUUUUCGGCUUGAAUACCAAAGAAAUUAUUUUACCUUUAUUGAAAUAUUGGAGAAAAAUAUGGUAUGGUGCUAAUACGUUGAUCUUGCCUGCGUGGGAUGAACUUAGCCCUGAAACGAAACAUAUCUGUGAUCAGUUUGUGACUCAUCAUAUUCAAAAUUGUAGAACAGCUAUAGCUAUAGAUAAAAGAUGGAGGUUGAAAAUCUACAAAAACGUAUUUUCUGGUGAAAGAUUUGUUGACUGGUUAAUAGAAGUUGGUCUAGCAAGGGACCGAGUGGAAGCUGUGAAUUAUGCAAGACAUCUUAUAGAAGGGAAAAUUUUAAAACAUAUUAAUGGAGUAUAUCAUUUUUACGAUAGAAAUUUAUUGUACACUCUAGUUUAAAUUAGAGCGAUUUUUUACAGUAACUAUAAAAAUGAUCUCAUAAUAUGUUAACAUAUUAUGCUUUUUCAAAAAUCCGUAUUACAGCUAAAUAUUCAAUUUAAUUUGAAAAGUAUCCACUGGAUCAAGAUAUUCCUUUUUUUGUUAAUUGGUAGUAAGACUUUGAUGUAUAUUUAAUAUUUAAGAUAUCGUAAUGAAACUGAUUGUUACUAUUUUUAUGAGACAUUAUUUAUGUUUAAUAUUGAAGUUACCAAAGUCAAGUUAUAAAUUGUUAUCAUCUAGAUGUAGGUAAUAUAGUUAACUGAUAUAGAUAUAAGGUAUAACACUUGAUAUAAUGACAGAAGUCAGACAUACUUUCAGUCAGUCAUUAUAGUGGAAACCUCUUAUGUUCCAACUUAUUAAAAACCCUGUAUUUUCAUUAAUCAAUAAAUGUUUGUUAGUUGUUACUGAAAUGCAAGUAAAAUUUUAUGGAAGAGAUUCUAAUAAACGAUAAAAUUGUUCGAAAACCAAAAAAUUAUUUUUUGUAAUAAUUGUAAUUCUGUUUACAUAGAACUAACAACACAAUACUUGGAAAGUAGAUUUAAAAGAUAUGCAAAAUAGCAGUAAAUAAUCUUAAAAUAAAUGAAAAAAUGGAGUCUUUCAAAAAUAAUCUUGAUAAAUAAAUUUAAGAAGAAUAUGUGAUUCCAUUUUAUGAUUUUUUUAUGUAUGUACAUCAAUCAUUUGAAUGAAAGCUACGACACUGCGGUUUGCUCGAUAUUUUCUUUAAUAUUGCACGUUACUAAAAAAUGUAAAAAAUUUUAAAGUUAAAUAUAAACAAUGCCACGUCAGGAACCACUUGAUGAGGUUAAGUCUAGCAGAAAUUGAUAAGUAUAAAUUUUGUCAGGAGAACAAUGAAACUGCAGUUCACCAUUACAAGCAUAUGAAAAAAAUGAAGCCAACUCAAAUACUCGAGUCCAUUAGUACUUUCCAAUACGUAAGGGGUAUUUUAAGUCAACUUAAAAUUUAAGUUUCGAUCUGUAUCUUAUUAUGGUUGACUGAAUGUGUUGUCGUUCUGUCUAAAAUGUUUCAAAUAUCGAAAGUUAUUUUGGUAAAAUAUUUAUCGAAUGUGAUACAUAAUAUUAAUUUUUAAUUAUUUACACAAAAUACAAAAAUAUUGCCAAAAUAUGCAUUAAAAUAUAUGUAGCUUGCCUUAAAAAUUAUCCAUUGAAUGCCUGGGCAGCUUAUGUAAGUGGAAAUUUUGAUACAUAGUUUAAAAAUUUGUAUUCAAUAAGUUAACAAUCAUUUGAGAAGAAUGGCAGAAGAAACUACAAAAUGAAUCAUUUUUGGAGGUUUGCUACAUACGUUUAAUUAUAAAUAAUUAUUAAAUACAUUUCCUGCACAAACAAAAUUAUAGAUCAACUUCAUUUUUUAUUAUGAAUUAAAUUGUGAAGAAUAUUGUUGAAAGAGUUCGAAUAAUUUUUUUUAGAUGUCACUAAUUCUAACUUCUUAGUAAAUAUGUAUAUUUCAGGUCGUAUCUGGUGGAAAGAGAACUAAAUAAAUGUCAAAGUGAGGCAUUCCAAAAAAGGAUAAUAAAAAACUUAAGGAGGAAAUCAUAACAGAGUAGAUAUACAUCAGUGAAGGCCAGAUAAGAGUGGAAACAACUGCACUAAAGAGGAAAGAAAAUGGUAAAAAAAGAGAAUUUUAUUGCAAUAUGAAUCAGUGGAUAAAAGAGAAUGAAUAUGGAGGAACAAAAAAAUAAAAUAGAGAAAAAAUAAAAAAUGUAUGACAAAUAUCGUAUAAGAGUAGAUUAAAAAAGGAAACAAUUGCAUUAAAUAGGAAGAUAUAAAAAUAGAAACAGUUGAAUGUAACGAGCAUUCAGUACAUUCAAUAACAUGUAGAGGAAGACACAGAAGUAGAGUGAAAAUAUGUGAAAAACUUUGAUUUCUGAGAAGGUAAUCUUAGGAAUCAAAAAUUUAACCAAUCCAUUAAAAAUAUGCAUAGAUACUAAGUUUUUCUUUACUUUUGCAACAAUAUUGUGGAUAAAAUUAUUAUAUUAAGCAUGAAAUUUAAAAAUGUCGGAUUAUAUUUUUGUAAAUGUUUGUUGUUGCUAUUUACAAAUGUGAAUAUUUAAAAACUGAUCAUUUCGUACUGCAUGCAAAACAUUAUCGCUUCGCAAGCCGUUAUUUAUACAUAGUAGGUUGCAAUACAUUAAAUAUUAUAGGCCUGUUACAGGACUAGCAGAAGGCUUAUGUCUUUAACGGCACUUGGUCGCCCACUAUUUAGCUAUGAACUAGAAUUACAGUACUCAGUUGUAGGUUACACAUGAUUUUAUUUUAUUGAUUUGGCAUUUUAAUCCAUAAAUAAUAUACAACUACAAACAAUCCACAUUUGCAAAUUAUAGUAUCAACAAAUGUAAUCAGAACAUAUUUCAAUUGACUAAUAACUACAGUUUGUUUCCAAUAUUUCUUGUUUGUUUCAUAAUUCUUUUAAGUGGUCACCUUAUUCCUCUUUUAAUAGUUUUGUUUAUUUUACAGCAGUUUCUCUUUGUUUUCUAGUUUUCUUUUAUUGGUUUUUGAAGUGAACAGGCUAUCAUCUGAAUUCUGAAAUUCUGCUUAUACAGCCGAAAACCUAGUUAUUACUGUUAAUUGAUACUGCUUUACCAAUUAUCUUCUUCAUAGUCAGAAGUUAAAAGAAAAAUAUAAAAGAUUAUAUCAAUACAAACCAUACAUCCUUUGCCUUUUAUUUAAGAUUUUUAUUUUUAAAUUGACAUUUUCAUUCUGUUUGGAAUGAGCUUGGUAAUAUUUGAUUUUUCUAAAUACCCAUGUUCCAAAUCAAACCAAAUGCUUAUUUCAGUAGACAAACUUUAUUUCCAUUAUAACUUAUACAGUUAUCGAAAAACUGUUUAUCAGUCUAAACAGUAAAUAGUCUAUGAAAUAUUUCUGAUGAAUUCUCUAAUCGAAAUAUGAAAUUGGGUUACGUAAACCAAACUUGAGGUAUUCCGUUUGUGAAAUAUAAUCGAAAUUUUUAUUCAUUAUUUAAAAAUUAUUGUAAUAAGUACAUACUUUGGGAAUUGAAAUUAUUUCGAUUAUAUACAGAAUUACAGCUAGUUCUUUUAUCAUAUUUGAUGAUUUUGCAGCCUAUAAUAAGUUGUUUCAAGUUUAUUUGUAUAUGAUUGUGCAGCCAAAAAUUAUAUACAAAUUAAUAAACAUAGGCUGAAGUAGAGACAAUAUGGACAUUAAACCAGUUUGGAAAGUAUUUUGUAAAAACUGUAGGUUUUGUAAAUUAUGCAACAGCUCAAAACACAUCGCUUAUUGUUUGAUAUGUUGUUGGUAAAACAAUAAAUGUUACAUAUAAAAAA